UGUCAGCGAGAAGGUGCAUAGGCCUCCUUGAAGCAUUUCUCCAAUCCAACCAAGAGGCCAAUCAUGGACAAAGAUUAUGUUGGCUUUGCCACCCUGCCCACCCAAGUCCACAGAAAGUCUGUGAAGAAGGGUUUUGACUUCACACUGAUGGUGGCAGGAGAAUCAGGACUUGGAAAAUCCACUCUUAUCAACAGCCUCUUCUUGACAGAUCUGUAUAAAGAUCGUGUGCUUCCAGAUGCUCAAGAGAGGAUUCCCCAGACUAUGGAAAUUGUCAAGCAUGCCAUCGAUAUUGAAGAGAAAGGAGUGAAAGUUAAACUGACAGUGAUCGAUACUCCAGGAUUUGGGGACGCAGUGGACAAUACUGAGUGCUGGAAGCCAAUUGGCCAUUACAUCGAUUGCCAAUUUGAGCAGUAUUUUCGUGAUGAGAGUGGCUUGGACCGUAAGAACAUUCAGGAUGGGCGUGUCCAUUGCUGUCUAUAUGUCUUAUCACCUUUUGGACAUGGUCUUCGCCCCCUAGACAUUGCUUUCCUUCAAGCCAUCCAUGACAAAGUCAAUAUCGUGCCCGUGAUCGGAAAAGCGGACAGCUUGACUCCAACAGAAGUACAGCAUAUGAAGGAGAAGAUCCGGCAGGAGUUAGAAGAAAACGGCAUCCGCCUUUAUGAGUUCCCUGAAUGUGACUCAGAUGAGGACGAAGAGUUCAAAGCUCAGGAUGCUGAGAUGAAGCACAGCAUCCCUUUUGCUGUCAUUGGAUCUAACCAGGUGGUCCGAGAGCUGAAGGACAAAGUAUUCAGAGGAAGGCAAUAUACCUGGGGAACAGUGGAAGUGGAAAACUCUGCUCACUGCGACUUCCUCAAGCUCCGAAAUAUGCUGAUCCAAACCCAUAUGCAGGAUUUAAAGGACGUGACCCAUGAGGUUCAUUAUGAGAAUUACCGUGCACAGUGUAUCCAGAGCCUGACCAGAACUGGGGUUCGGGACCGCAGCAGCCGCGCGAAACUGUCCCGUCAAAGUGCCACAGAGAUGCCACUCCUGCCUUUGGCUGACACGGAGAAACUGAUUCGUGAGAAAGAUGAAGAGCUCCGUCGGAUGCAGGAAAUGCUACAGAAAAUGCAGGCGCAGAUGUUGCAGAGCCAGGGGGAACAGAGCGACAGCCUCUAAGACACAACACAGCUCUCAUAUUGUCAUGGAAAUCCAAGCAGAGAUUGGCACGGCAAGGCCAGAACUGGAGGUCCAUGAGCUUUGGCAACGUCUGUGUCAAGGGGAACUCUUUGCCUUUGAGGAAAGGAAAGACACCACUUUCCAGUGGAUGAACCGCUCUCUCUUGCAUAGUGUAUCCAUGCUAUACAGCAGUGUACUCCCCUUGGAAUAAUAUGGCUUCAGCACACAGACAGUGAUCGUCAGUGAAAAUAAAAUAUAUUUU